AUGGCGGAACAGGAGCGAGCAAAGAAUGGGGUAAAUCCUUUAAAAACCAAGGGCGAAAUCGAUGUGGUGCGCUUGGAGGCAGCAUUGGGACAUAAGCAAGAAUUGAAACGCAACUUCGGGCUAUGGAGUUUGACGAGUCUGGGUGUUGUUAUUGCAAAUUCCUGGGCAUCAACAGGCGGUACAAUCGUGGCUGCUCUUAAAAAUGGAGGCCCUAUGGCUGUCAUCUACAGUCUCAUUCUCGUCAGCAUUUUCUACGCCGCGAUUUCCGCAUCACUAGCUGAAUUGGCUUCCUCGAUGCCCUCAGCUGGUGGAGUGUACUACUGGUCCUCUGUAUUAAGCCGAAAUCGGGGCCGCGCUGCUGGCUUCUUCACCGGCUAUCUCAAUGCAUGUGCAUGGCUUUUAUCCGCUUCGUCUAUGAGUUCCAUGUUGGGUAACGAGGCAGUAGCAAUGUAUCUGCUCAAGCACCCUAGCACGGGAUGGAAAUCAUGGCAAGUUUUUGUGGUUUUCCAAAUUGUCAACUGGACUUGUUGCGCCAUUGUAUGCUUUGGAAAUCGAUUUAUCCCCCAGCUCAACCGGAUUGCACUGGGUCUCUCGAUGUGUGGACUGCUUGUCACGGUUGUCGUGCUCAUUGUAAUGCCGAACGAACAUGCCACCAAUUCGCAAGUCUGGACUGAGUAUCAUAACAAUACUGGUGGCUGGUCUGAUGGUAUAUGUUUUAUGACAGGGCUACUGAAUGCAGCCUUUGCUGUCGGAACACCCGAUUGUAUCAGUCAUCUCUCUGAAGAAGGUACUAGUAUUGAUCCAACUUGUGUCAUGAUCAAAUCGAAGACAAAGCUUAUUCAUUCUACCUAG